AUGGAAUAUGUUGAUAAGUCCUCUUUAUGCUACCACUGCAAGGUUCACAAAACCGGAAGAAUCUGUUUCAAGGACGACACAGUGCCAUCUCCUAGGGAAUCGGAGGAUGCCAACGCCAAUUCGUUCUUCAAAAGGUUAACUGAGCCCAUACACGCCGCUUUCGUGAAGGCGAUGGUCAUGAAGACGAUUACGGGGACUGCGAUUGAGGAUUUCGUGGACUAUUUCCGAAACCGCAAGAUAGACCACAAGUUUGACAUAGUGAACAAGAACAAAUCGGAAUUCGAGUACUCGAGUAUUCCCGAGUACAUUCGAAGGUGCGACCGGUGCCUGUGCUACUUCUCGAGUCAGGUCUCCUGCCACUGCGGCGGAUGCCAGGAGGACCCCGAGAGCCACUACGUGAUAAUGAUGCACGGCAUACUAGCGUCGCCGCUGAUGAUGACCGACUGCUGCAGGGUCCUCAUCGAGCGGUACCCGCGGCUCUUCGUGUACUUCCCAGUCUGCGCCUGCGGGAAGACGCUGCACGGGACGGGCGUGGUUCUGAAGUUCCUGAUCGACGAGCUGAGCACCCUAUUCUCGAAGCUGCCUAGCCGCUUUAAAGUCAGCCUCGUGGGCCACUCGUUUGGGGGCAUUCUGAUGCGCUACUUCUUUUUGAAUCACUUCAAGACGACCAUGGCGGAGCGCCAGAGGGGGAGGCGCGGCAAGUCUGCCGAGAGGAGCAUAACCUGGAAGAACCUGGUCUGCGUCGCGACGCCGCACGCGGGGAUCUACGAGGACAACCGCGAGUUCCGGAAGCUCGUGAGCCUCAUCGGCUCGAACACCAUCAACGAGCUCGACAACGAGACUGUGGAGCUCCUCUUCCUCCUCAAGGACGAGGGCUUCGUGGGCGAGUUUGAGAGGUUCAUCAUUUACGGGAACAUCUCCGGGGACAUGAUGGUCGCGCCCAGGACCUCGAUCAUUCUGCCCUACCACCUCUACUCCGAUAAGGACCUGCAUCGCAUUCAGAAGCUGAUUCAGAAGUCGCCUGGGACGCCCAGGGAGAUCAGCGAGCUCGACUUCCUGAGGGGAGCCGACUCCCAGUCUCCCCUGAAUUCCGACGAAGAGGCCGUCGCUUCCGAGCUCAUGGCCAGGUUCUCCGAGAUUGUUGAGCGGAAGAUUGCCAACUCCAGGAGCCUCAAGUACAUCCAGAACCUCAUGCUAUCUCCUCCCGAUAGGCAGCGCAGCCUCGACGGCGCUGUCGGUUCCAAGCGCAAGAGGUGUGAUCCCUCGGGGCACGGGAUGUUCUCUCGGCAUGACUUCGCGAAGUUCAACGACGUGAUCUCCGAGAUCGUCAGGGUCGCCGACGAGUCUCUUUUGAGGCGCCUAAUGGCUGACAACUCCCUCUUUUACUUCGAGGUUCUUCUUUCCAUCACUCACCGCCUUCCUUGCACCAAGUUUGCCGUGUACAUUCCCCGGAUUCACAUGCCUCACAGGUCCAUAAUCACUCUGCACGCUCCUGUCACUCACGAGUCAUACACAGAGGAGGUUCUGACCCAUAUAACACACACUUUUUCAUACUAG